GCGAUUGGCGACUGAGGCGGCGGUGGUGGUGGUGGUGGAGGCGGUGGUGGUGGUCGUGGUGGCGGGCCGCGGUCUCUGGGACCGUCCUCGUCUUCGUGUCGUUGCUAACAAACAAUUGAAUUUAAACAACGAGGAGAAGGAGGCGACGGAGGGGAAGGGGGGAUUGUUUUUUUGUUAGUUCGUUAUAUACAACCGCGUGCCCCGUGCUGCUGCUGCUGCUGGGGUGGGUGGUGGUGUUGGCGGCGUCGUGGAUUACGCGGCGUUCGGCUGGGAGCAACACGCUCGCCGCUCGCCUCUCUCCGGCUUUUGGGAUUAUCACGAACCCCGAGUUGUCGAAGGCGACGGGGGUUAGAGGGGUCCCUCCCCACCUCUCCCCCCCCCACUACCCCCCCAUCCUCCAACAACAACAACCACCACGACCAACCACACAACAACCAACAACCAACCCCCUGUUUGGAAUUCAUGCUGAAUUGUUGAUGAAGUAGCCUCGGAAGAAGCAUGAACCCACAGCAGCGAAUCGCGGCUCUGGGUACGGACAAAGAACUGAGUGACCUCCUCGACUUCAGUGCGAUGUUCUCUCCGCCGGUGAACUCGGGGAAGACUCGCCCAACCACCCUUGCGAGCAGCCAGUUCGCCGGAGCGGCUUGUGAAGAGAGGAGUGCCAGUGGCCCUUGGGCAGCCAGUGCCAAUCAGUCCAGCCCAAGCUUCGACUCGUCCAGGCAGACGUUCGCCGACGGGAGCCACUACGCGGAGCACGUCCCCGAGCGGGGCCUGGCCGCGCACGAAGCCAUGAGCAGCUCGGCCUUCAUCGGCUCCAGCAUGAUCGCAGGGAAAGCGGCGGCGGCAGCGGCGGCAGCGGCGGCGGCGGUGGCGGCGGCGGAGGAGCGGGGAUCGACGUUCUCCCCCUACAGCCGGGAGCCCAGCAGCAUCCAGUGCCACCCGCAGCAGCAGCAGCAGCAGCCCCCCCUGCUGCCCCCCGAGCUGGCGCUGCAGAGCCCGGGGGGGGCCCUGUCCCCUCCGGCCAAGCCGGCCUCGCCGUACUACCAAUCCUACGGGGCGGGGAAUCCGCGUCGCCGGCCGCUCCCGGAGCCUUCCCCUGCCGACGUUCAAAACAAGAAGGUGCGCAAGGUUCCUCCUGGUCUGCCAUCGUCGGUCUACGCGCCGUCGCCAUCGCAAGACGACUACAACCGCGAGUCCCCGGGCUUCCCCCCGGCCAAGCCGGCCUCGAGCAUGUUCUCUGGGACGUACUUCAUGCAAGAUGGGCCUCACGUUCCUAACGAACUGUGGCCCCCCACAAACGGGAUGAACCAUUCUGGCUAUGGAGGGGUCCUGGGGGGCCCCCCGGCGCACGUGGCGCAGUCAGCGGGGGGAUACGGCCCGGGGAUGCACCCCCACGAGCGGCUGUCGCAGGGAUACCCGGGACGCUCGGUGUCUCCGGUCGACAUGAACCCCACCCUGCCCCCCAUGAGCAGCUUUCACAGGGGUGCGGGCGGCGGCGGUGGCGGCGGUGGCGGCGGCGGCCCCUCCAUGCAGCAGGGCGGCCCCCCGUCCUCGUACGGCCCCGGCUCGGCACGCACCCCCCCAAUCAACGGCUCCGACGCCAUCAUGGGUAACAGGCCGGGUGGGGCGAGCGGAAGCUCACAGACUGGCGACGCUCUGGGAAAAGCUCUGGCGUCGAUUUAUUCUCCCGACCACACGAACAGCAGCUUCCCAUCAAACCCCUCCACGCCCAUCGAGUCUCCCCCUCCACUCACCGUGGCCCCUGCUUCGUGGCAAAGAGCUUCAUCUCAAGGACCGUCAUCUCCCAACUACGAGAGCUCUCUCCACACCCUGCAGAGCAGGAUGGAGGAGCGGCUGGACCGAUUGGACGACGCCAUCCACGUGCUCCACCGCCACGCAGUGGGGGCGCCGGGGCUGCCCGCGACCCACAGCGGCAUCCUCAACGGCCUCAUGGAGGGGCUGGCCGCGGGAGGCUACGGGCCCACGAGCGGUCUCGGCCCUGCGGGCAGUCGGCACUCGAUGGGCGGGCCCCUUCGGGACGACGCGGCUGAGAUCCACGCGACCCUCGCGGCGCUCGCGGGCAGCAUGGCCGGCCCCGCUCCUCCGGCCGGCGCCAGCAAGAUCAGCCCCACGCCCGACUCCUACAGAGUGCUGGCAGCGCCCCCCGCGGCGGGCAAGGACGACUCCCAGGGGGGUCCCCCUCCGGGGCUCGUGGCGAGCCUCAGCACCAUCCUGUCCAGCGUCGUCGACGCGGAGCGGAACGAGAACGGCGGAGAGGAGGAGAGCGACCUCAUGGACGACCGCGGCUCGGAGGAUGACCACAAGAACGACUCGCGCAGCAGCCGGACCAGCAACCACGAGGACGACGACGAGGACCUGACGCCCGAGCAGAAGGUGGAGCGCGAGCGCGACCGGCGCAUGGCGAACAACGCGCGCGAGCGUCUGCGCGUGCGCGACAUCAACGAGGCCUUCAAGGAGCUGGGCCGCAUGGUGCAGCUGCACCUCAACAGCGAGAAGCCGCAGACCAAGCUGCUCGUGCUGCACCAGGCGGUCGCCGUCAUACUAAGCCUCGAGCAGCAAGUGCGAGAGCGCAACCUGAACCCGAAGGCGGCCUGCCUCAAGCGGCGAGAAGAGGAGAAGGUGUCGGGGAUGGGGGGGGGCGGCGGUGGGGUCGGCGGCGAGCCGACUCACCCCGGCCUCAACGACCAGAACCCCCUGGGCCAGCUCUGAAGCCGCCGCCAGAUGGCACUGCCAACCAGUUCUAACCGAUGCCACUCUGAAAGUUUGCCAAACUUCACAAAUGGAUGUCUUUAGUGUGCAAAACGCCACUGACCUAUUUCCGUAUUAAUAUAAUAACAUGUUUUUUAACGUAAGCAAAAGGGAAAAAGGGGGUGGGUGGCGUGCGGGUGGGUGGAUGGGGGGGGGGAAACAAAUGGGAGAAAUUUUAAAACAAAUGAUUUACAAAAGUUAAAAGUGGGACAAAAGUAUCCAGCAAAAACUUUCAACAACAUAUCAAGAGCCUACGGCAGAGGGGGGAUACCAGAUCUGGCAAGGAUGUCGACGGUCGGCGGAAAGGGGAAUGGCAUCGCGACUUAAACCAAUAACGAUAGACCCACCAACCACCACGAUGAUGACAACGACGACCACGACCACGACGACAAAGGGAUAAAACACAAAAGCAACAGCAUCCGCACUCUUUAGUGUGGACAAUUUCAUCGUGCCUAAACCAUGUUUGCUAAUUAACGUUUAAAAAAAAAAGAAAGAAAAAGUCGACAAGAUAUAUUUAUUUAUUACAACUCAAAAUGAAAAAAAAGACUAAAAAAAAUUUACAAGUAGCAAAACCGUUUUUUAAAACUAUUUUGGAUAAUGUUGUUGUUAUUGUUGUUGUGCAGACUACAAACGUAUUUUAUCCAAGCAUUCCUUGGGUAUCGGACGUUGUCUUAAGGUUUAACAGACACAGUGCUUGUUUCGGGUGGUAGCCGAUGGUUUUGAUAAUGAUGGUGGUGGCUGUGCGUGUGUGCGCGCGAGUGCGUGAGCGAGUGCGUGAGUGAGUGCGUGUGUGCGUGCCCGAGUACUCGUGUGCGUGCGUGCGUUCCGCGAGCGCUCGCCUCGUGCCACGUGUUUGGUUUCGGAACCACUCCAGAGCCCCGCCGCCCGGUGGGCUGACUUGGUCAAAACGCCACUCUGGGGAGGAAUUCGAACGAAACCUCCCCCCACGGUUCACGCUGUCAUCAUCCACGCGACCCGAGCGCCGUUUUCUUCAAUCUGCUGAACUACGUUACGCGUGCUCCCUUUUGUUUGUUUUUCUUUAUUCUCUCUGCGGUUGAGGCGGUCGCUGGAAUCGAACGUCGUCUCUCUUGCAAAAGCCCGAUGCCCCCCACCCCCCCCCCUGAGUUUGGACGCAACCGCGCGAGAACGACGCACCCCGCGAAAGCGACGGGCGCUAAACUGAUGGGCGCGAGGGAAUUGGCGGCGUGGAUUAAAGGGCGGCGCAGGCCAGCGUGUGCGCAGAGCUUGUGCCGGAGACGACUCUGCCCCCGGCGUUGGGCGGCACGGCAAGAAUCUGGCAAACCGGCCGACUGAGAUUUUGUUUGCUGUCUUUCAACGAAGCCGCGUGAGUCUUGCCCGCCGGUGGUUUUCGUAGUUUGGGAUUAAUUUUUUUACAACCGUUUUGUUUUUUGGCAGUUAAUUCUUAACAUUUGGAAUUGGACUGUUGACACCAGCAUGCAAACAAAUGUCACAGGGUGCUCUCUGAUAGGUUCCUGCAAGGAACUAAAGGGGUGGCUCAAGUGGGAAGUAAUGAAACCCCAGCGGUGAGCGGUGCUGUAGCCGCCUUACAGGAUUUAAGGCCUACCGCGCGAUUCGACGGGUUUGCUUCGUGCCUAGCCGGACGUAGUGCGCAAGAAAAACAAACAAAAAACAUCGAAGCGGGCGAAUCUUUUAUUUUCCGUUUCUGUACGCACGCGCGUGCGUAAAGUGUACCUUUUACACGGUAACUGGGCUUGUUCUGCGGAGGUGAAUGAGGGCAACGCUUAUCCCCCCCGGCCACUCGGCACGGCUCGCUGAGUAGCGCUCGGCACCGGUUCGAGCCGUCUCCCUGCUUUCAGAGUUCGACGCUGAAAUACCGCAGAGUCGAUGAAAAAGCCUUUCCGUCAUUCGUUGACUCGCUACUUUUACAAACGGUUACUUUUAAACCUUUUAAAGUUUUUUUAUAUCACUGUUGUCUUGAUUUCAAACCUUAGGCCAUGACUCCCUUGUCUUCUUCCUGUAUUUUACGUUUUCUUGAUCUACAAUUUAAAGUGGCUAUGGAGCGGACAUGACCCAUGGUCUCGUUGUAUGGGAAGGCCUUUUUUAGUUUGUGGCCAUUUAUGAUUUUAUUUGUAAUCAUGAAUGCAACGUCUCGUGUUUGAGUUGGAGCUUCCACCUCUAAAAAAAAGUGAUAGGCCGCAAACUUCGGGAAUCGUUAAUUUUAAAGUUAGUUUGUACUUUAAAAAAUUUCUCGGCUGCGUUGCCUGAUGUCAAGAAUCGAAUGAAGAAUGUUCGUUUGGUUGAACUUGGCGAUAGAGAAGCACAGGCCUGCAACAUGCUGGGACAAUAACGCAGUGAGGUGUAGCCGAGCAUCUUCUACCGUAUCUUGCACGGUAAACCUGGUGCAAAUGAAGCGCAAAUAAUCAACAGCAUAAUGAUUAUCAUAAUCGUUGAUAGUAUAAUCACAAUCUUCAUCAUUGCCAAAAUUAGAAGUCAUCCUCGGCAUUUGCUCAGUUAUCAUCCUUGCCGUUGUGGUUGUGUCCACCGUAGUUCGGCAGACCUUGGUUCAAUUGACGGAUUGUUUGGCUUUUAUAGUUGUUUGAUAAAAUCAAACGCAAAACUAGGUUCAUCCGUCUUUUGAGCAAGUCGCAAGACGCAAAACCACUGUGCCCGGUACCCACUCGUGAUUUCUGCGUAGGAGCUCAAGAUUCAAAUCCCAGGGGGUCUCACCAGUGCCGGCUCGUGCGAAAGCCAGGAAGCAAUGCCAGGACCUUUCCCACCGUUGAAGACAUUUUGGGGUUUGCAACGUUUCCACUUUGGUGUGUCAAAGCGAUGGAGACCCAGGGGUCAUCCGCCGGUCAAAGCAGUCGAUUGACGCCGCGCCUCGCCAACGCUGCCAGCCCCGUGACCAGAUCGCCGCGGCCUGCUUGCCCGGUGGACAUGCAGCAGCGGCGCUUCCCCCCAAUAAAAUGUAAUCUGAGCACUGGAGACGUUUGAAAAGACGCAAACGGGAGAAACGUAGUUUGUCGGCACGCAUCCCUUUGUCACGACCACCAGGGAGCGAGGCUUUAGUUGUGGCCAUGUGCUAUCCCCUAAAGCCUCGCGACGCGCCGUGUCAAGCCGGCCGUCUGACGAGGGUGCUGAAAUGGCGCCGCCCGCCGCUGGAGGUCGUCGCGUGGCCGAUAUUCCCGCUUCUUCCUGAAUUUGCGGCUAAUCACUUUUUUUUUUCGCACUGCUGUUCUGUCCAGUUCCAGCGCCUUACGUCAUCCAUUAACCUCCGAGCAACGGUCAAGGCAAUGGGAUCGAAAAAGGGAUAGCCAAAAUAUGAUGAAUAGGGUACAUUUUAUCGGAUGCUACGGUGUUUUUUUCUUUUGACGCAAUGCCAGUGCUCCAGUCGAUGUUUUCAAUUAAGGAGACGAAAAUCACAAGACACAUAUCACACCGGCUAAUCAAGGCCCUGCCAAUGCGCACGUGUGCGUUACCUGUGGGUUUCAUUUUUUGUUAUUUCGAUUUACAAUAAUGUUUAUAAAUGAAUAUUUGUUUUCUACAAAGUUGAAGCUCCCCCUGCCCGCUGUCUAUUGCAACCACGACGGCCGUCGUCAACGUUGCGAGUAGUUUUUGAGAAGCAAAAAGAAAACGAGUUGUUGUGAAUAACGUUUGUGCGUGAUAAGCCUCAGUGCCCUUUCCGAGCCAAGUUUAGAGAACGCUGUCAUUUGCCAAGCUUCAACACCUUGCGAUUGAAGUUGUUUGACUUAUCCAUGAUGUGUUUUCUGACACCUGUGUCGAAUUAUCGAGUUGUUUUUUUAAGGUUCGUGUGUGUGGGGGGGCGGGGG